UAUGCAUAGAUGGUAUAAAUAUGAAGGAUAAUAUUAUAAUGGAAUGAAGCUGAUAGUAGUAUAUAUGAUGGAUUAUGGGAAAAUAAUAAAAUUAAUGGAUUUGGUAAAUAUACAUGUUCAGAUAUAAGAUAUUAUGAAGGAUAUUGGGAAAAUUAUUUGAUGCAUAGAAAUGGAAUAUAAAUAUAUGGCCAGAUAGAAAAUGGAAAUAAAUAUGAAGGUUAUUGGUUAAAUGGUAAAUUAAAUGAGGAAGCAAAAAUAAUAACUCAAAAUAAUCAAAUUAUAAUAUUUUAAUGGAAAAAU